UACAUUGCUAGCUACAGUUUACUGUAAGGAGAUGCUGGACUGCUAGCUACCUAGCAAGCAGUGGAUGGUUUGAUUGGAUAACCUUGGUUUGCUUGAGUCAAAGCUUCGUUUACAGUGUACAACGGAAACCUUUUUUCUGCAGUUGGAAACGGCAUUAUCUCGACAACGACGGAUGUAGAACAGUAAACCGAACCAGACUGUCACAUAGAUUGCUCACGUCAACUGUGGCUGUCGUGGAUUAGCGAUACCUCUUCAGCGAAGAUAUUGUUUGCUACAUGCUAAUCUCAGCUAUAUGAAUGUGGGACAAAAUGGAGACCCCAGCGAUUGUGUACGAUUUGGAUACGUCUGGGGGUCUAAUGGAGCAGAUACAACAACUUCUCGCGCCUCCACGAUCCGAAGAUGGAGGGAAAAAACGCAAACUCGUGAGGGAGGUUCGGAAUGCAGACAGGGUCACCAACCAAAUCACCUGUGAUAGCUGCCGCGAGGGAGGGGAACUUCUCUGCUGUGAUCACUGCCCCGCGGCCUUUCAUUUACAGUGCUGUAACCCACCACUGAGUGAAGAAAUGCUGCCCCCUGGAAACUGGAUUUGUCAUCGUUGUAACAUCCAUAAAAAGAAAAGGGAGCUGAAGACGGAGCAGACGAAUGGUAUGACGGAGCAGCAGCUCUCCAGACGAUCCUCUGCCUCACCAGGGGCAGAGCUGGAGCUGGGCGCGGUGCAAAUGGACAGCGUGACUGCCGGAGAAGGGGGUGUGCAGGUCACCGUGGCUCAGGUGCACCUCCUGGAACGUCACACCACCAGCCGACCUGGCACGCCCACCUCCAACACCUCCACAGACACGCCGACGCCCUCGGAACAGAACGACGUGGACGAAGACAUGCUGGACGUGGAGGAUGAAACUCCGAGCUUAGAGCCGGAGAAGAUCACGCCUCACUUAAAGAGGCCCUUCCAACUGCUCAUCGCUGCUGCCAUGGAGAGAAACCCCGCCCAGUUCCAGCUGCCCAAUGAGCUUUCCUGCUCCACCCUAUUACCCGGAAGCGGUAAAAGAAGGAGGAAAGAGGAGAUGAGCGUGAAAACUUUAAAGAGACCAGAGCACGAGAAGGAUCCCAACGGCCUGGUCCCACUGCCAGUGAAGGUGUGCUUCUCCUGUAGCAGGAGUUGCAGGUUUGCCCCUUUGAUCCAAUGCAACUACUGCCCCCUCCUGUUUCACAUGGACUGUCUCUGCCCUCCUCUCACUGCCAUGCCCACGGGAAAAUGGAUGUGUCCGAACCACAUAGAGAACAUCGUUCUGAACCAGAACAGCCACGCCCUCAGUAACCGCUGCCAGCUCUUCGACCACUUUCAAGACAGAGUGUCCCAACAUGCCGUCAAAGUGGACUUCCUGCGAUGGGUCCACCAGCGAAACCCAGCAAACCAUCAAAGCUCUCCGCAUACCAAGAAGAAGACGGUCAAGGUUCCUGAUGCCAUAAAGUGCCAGUACCAGUGCCCUCCACCUUUGAUGGAGCCAGUCAGAGUUCGCAGCGGGGAGCUGAUCUGCAAAGGCAUUCCAGACAAAAUGCACACAUCACCCAGUCAGCACAUAGCCACCAACGCUGAGCAGCAGGAGUGGCUUGAGGAUUUAGUUGCACUUCAGUGCAACAUUGUGGGACAUUUGUCUGCUAAGCAGAUGACACCUUCGUAUUGGGACUGUGAGCAGACGGAGAAAGCUGACAUAAAGCCACGUGGAGCAGCCGAGGAGCUAAGGUCCCACUUCUCCUCCAGACGGACGGCAGAUUCGGCAGCUGUCUGCUCCAAGCCCUGCAGUACAAUUGCUGGCCCCCAGGGGGCCUCGGUGCUGGAUCUCCAGGUUUCCGCAGAGCAGCGAGAAGACUGCAGCCCUUGUAGGGAAAGGUCAUGUCAGGGCUGCUGCAGGAACUCCAAUGGAGCAAUAGAGAAAAGCAUGAGAGUGAAUGGGCCUUUGGCAAGUCACAAGAGCGCCAAAGCGAGCUGCCAAACCGAGUCCCCAAACAGGCCGAGCGGUUCCUCUGUGCCCCACAAUCCAACACCCUCAGGCCGGGGAUUGUUCAAUCAUGUGGAAACAACAGAGAUAAAAACUGAAAACAGUAGCCUGCGCAGCUCUUGCGCCCAGACAAACAGCCUCUCCUCUUCAUCAUCCCUCUCUUCCUCCUCCACCUCCUCCCCUUUGCCCCCCUGUGCCAGUCAGCUUCAAAGUGCCACUCAGGACACUGUAAGAGGACAAGUGGUUGCGCUGAUGAAUCGCAGUGUACCGUGUCCCGUAGUGUGUCAGGAUUCAAACCGACUGGCCUCCUCACUUCUCCCCCCAGAGGGAAAGGUUAGUCCUGGUGCUAUGUCUCCUGGAAGCAGUUCCAUGGUCUCUAGUUCCGCCUCCUCCUGUGUCAGGGACUCCUCCAGCUACGUAAAGCCUGUGACAGAAUAUAACGGAGACGUCGAGUUGAGUAAGCUAGAUGAGGAGCUGAUCAGACAGCUAGCCUGGCAGAGGAUCCAACAGCUCAUACCUUCAAAGGCAGCUUCGGCCUCCAGAUCAUGUGGGAGCCCCCCCACAGAUACAGCCCCUCUCUCACAACCCCCACCUCAGUCAGACAUCCAAAAGAAGGAUGCACAGGCUCGGGCUGUGCUUCAUCCUUUAAUGGGAAAAGGAGCAGCUAUCAACAUGAAUCACAGAACCCUCCACAUAGGAACUGGUGCUGAAAUGGAUUUGUGCCUUACAAAUUAUGGUCAUUGUAAUUACGUUUCGGGAAAACACGCGUGCAUUUUUUACGACGAAAACACAAAACAUUACGAGCUGCUUAACUACAGCGAGCACGGGACGACCGUGGACAAUGUUCUUUACUCCUGUGACUUCUCAGAGAAGCCCAACCCCAGCACGUCCAACGGAGUCGCCUCUAAAUCCCAUAACAUCAUCCGCCACUGUAAGAGGAAGAGGCGGGCGGAAGAGGAGGAGGAUGCUGAAUCGCGAUUGGUUCCCGUGGGAGGGGUGAUGAGCUGUCGAUCUCAGGCAGAGCCCAGGACAUCUUGUAACUGCAAGGCCAGCAGCUCCAGCCUGAUUGGCGGCAGCGGAGCUGGGUGGGAGGGCACGGCGCUGCUUCACCAUGGAAGCUGCGUCAAGCUGGGCUGCCUUCAGUUUGUCUUCAGCAUCAGCGAGUUCACCAACAAGCAGCCCAAAGAGGAGGAGAACAGCACCAGCUUCAACCAGGAAGAAACUGAGCUGGCUGCAACACAGACUGCCAAAUCCCAUCAAGUGCCAGUGUUGCGUUCCAACUCAGUUCCAUAGCUUCUGCUACCUUCCUUAAAGACUUAUAAAGAAGCUGGUUUGUAAUAAGGACAAUUAAAGAACUUUGUUUUGAGAAGUUCAUAGAUUUGCAUGUAUCAAAAGGGGUUUUUUUGGUCCCAGAAAUGACUGGGAUU